GCCGACACUGCCUUCACAUUGACUCCAUGGAUCCAACAGAUCCUCAAACUUUUAAUCAUCGCAAGGCUCAGAUUUCUACGGGUCGCCUUUAUCAUUUUAUUGACCAAAUUCCGAGUAAUUAUGAUCCAACUCAACCACCGCUGAUUUGUUUACAUGGCUUCCCUGAUUCAUGGUUCGGAUGGCGGUACCAAAUUGGUCCAUGGUGUCGACAAGGCUUCCGCGUAAUAGUUCCAGAUAUGCUAGGCUACGGCGAAACCGAUAUGCCUCAUGAUUCUUCAGCAUAUUCCACAAAAAAUAUUUGUAAUGAUAUUUCUGCACUUCUUGAUUUCUUAGCGAUACCCAAAGCCGUGGUGAUCGGCCAUGAUUGGGGCUCAUACACUGCUGGGAGAUUUGCUCUGUGGCAUCCGGAUCGGUUGAUAGCGCUGGUCAUGUUAUCUAUUCCAUAUGUCCCUCCAAAGGAACAACACGUGUCUGUUGAGGAAUUGGCCAGGCAAUAUCCAUCUUAUGGAUAUCAGGUGUAUUUUGCGUCCGAAUCAUCGAUAUCCGAGAUCGAGGAAAACCUCGUCCCUUUUCUCGGUGUGGUGUUCAGAACGCCUGAGAAGGAAUUGUCGUGGUCAAAGUUGAACGAGCUGAUCACCAACAAACAAAUCAAUUUUACCAAUGAUUGCCUCCUCAACGAACGUGAAUUACAAUUUUAUGUUUCUCGUUUUCAGUGCGGCAUGCGAGGGCCUUUGUCUUAUUACCGAACCACUAAAGCACGAUUCGAAGAGGAGAAAGGUAAAUACGACUUCUGUCCUGCACGUCUACCUCCGAAUCUUCCUGUUCUCUUCAUGUAUGGAACCAAAGACGCCACGUGUCCUCCGUCAGCGGUCCGAAACGCCCACAAAUUCAUUUCACGACUCAAUACCGUUGCCAUCGAGGAUAUUGGUCAUUGGGUGAUGUUGCAGGCGCAGGAUCGUGUUACAUCGGAAGUCUUGCGAUUCCUUUCGUCUCUAGGUAUAUCCCAGCAAUCUCGA